AUGGGGAAACCUCCUUGUUGUGACAAAAAUGGACUGAAAAAAGGUCCAUGACUGCGGAGGAGGAUCAAAAUUGAUUGAUUAUUUCGAAAACAUGGGCAUGGGAGAUGGCGUACCCUUCCCAAAAUGCAGAGGUGUGGAAAAAGUUGCCGGCUUCGAUGGACGAACUACUUGAGACCUGAUAUCAAGAGGGGGAAGUUCUCAUUGGAAGAAGAGGAAAUUAUAAUACAAUUACACAGUGUUUUAGGAAACAAGUGGUCUGCUAUUGCUACUCGGUUGCCUGGAAGGACAGAUAAUGAGAUCAAAAACUAUUGGAACACUCACAUCAAGAAGAAAUUAUUGAGAAUGGGAAUUGAUCCUGUAACUCAUAGUCCUCGUCUUGAUCUUCUUGAACUCUCCUCACUUCUGAGCUCAUCUCUCUACAAUUCUUCUCAGCUUAAUCCAACAGGUUUGCUUGGAAUUGGAUCAAUGUUCAACCCAAACUGUCUGAACUUAGCCACAGCCCUUAUGUCAUCCCAGAACAAGAACCUGGAAAUUGGUACUACUCCUGGAAAUGUUCAACAAAACCAGACAGGGAAUUUCCAAUGCCAAAACCAAUUUGAAUUCUACCAGGGAAAUCAGGUUCAGAAUCCAAUUCAAGCUUGCACCCAAAUUUUGCAAGCCAAUUUGAACCAUUUUUCUACAAACCCCACCAGCCUAACUUGCCAAAAUAGUACUCUACCUAACUUGUGGCAAGAAUAUGACAGAGAGAAUAUUAAUGUCAGUAAUUCAAAGGGAUUUUUUCCCAUGCAAAACUAUGGCUACCAUGAAUUUAAUCAAUCCAAUAUCAACUCUUUGGCUGGUCAAAACCAAACUUUUUUUUCUGAAAACAUCCCAAAUUUGCAUUUAACUUCAGGUCACUUCUAUUCGACACCUUCUUCUAGCCUCAACUCCCUUGAAUUCAUCGACGACAUAAUGUCAACAACAAUGGCAGCAGUGACUGAAGAAUAUUGCAAGAGAUAG